UGCGACGGCGAUCGUGCCGUGGGCUGAGAUAGGUUUCGGUAUAUAGUAAUAACAAUACAUAUUACCAUUUACCAUUUGUCAUUAUUAUUAUUACGACAGUUUCGUACGCGCCGCUGUUCUAGUGCACUGCGUAUCGUCGAUCUCGUUAGUGCUCGCGCGCCUGACCGACUGUUCUCCGCACGCGAUAUUUUAACAUUAUAAUUGUUGCAUUGGAUUUAUUAUUCGUUUUUAUAUUUUUUUUUGCCGACGUCGUUGUCUCGUCUCACGCGCGUCCCAUGAGACGAACACCACUGCCGUCGCCGUCGACCGUCCACUCCGCCGCCGCGCAACGACCGCCGCGUAAUUGAGGAUCGGCUGUAGCGCCGCGGGGACGACGGACGCUAUGAAUCGCUGUCCAGUGAUGAACCCGCAGUACGAUGUCGGGCGGCAGUCCCGGUGCCCGGCGGCGGCGGUACCUAAGCCGUCGCCCGACACCGACGACCUGCACGCCUUUGAACGGAUUGUCGUCAUGUUCGUACAGCUUAAGAACUACCUGGGCUCGUACUGGCUGGUCCCGUGGUUUUUCGUCUACAUCUACCCCAGCGUACUCGUCUACGAAUCUUACGGUUUUAUUGGUCCUUUUGUUUAUUGCAACAUUGUUCAGAUACUAUUUUUUAUUGUAUUUGAAUUUUGGGAUGAAAGUUUUAAUUGGACACCAUUACAUGAUACCAUUAAGACAUAUUCAUCACAAAUUCUUGGACAUCAUCACAUAACAAAAAGUGUUGAUGAAAUGAUUUUGUUUUGUAUUUGGGUUUUAUCUUGGGCUGCAGUCCCUUCUAUAUGUUAUGCAAAUGAACAUAUAUUUGAAUUACCCAUUGAUCGUCUGGAACGGUUAACUUCAUAUGUAUCUAUGAUGACUGUAACAUUCGUAAUGGCUUAUAUUAUAAUUUUACUUUGGAUUGACAUGAAUUUGUUAGAACUAAAAUCAAAUAUAAAUGAGCAUAAUACAAAUUCAAAAGUGUCAUCGUGUAAUUAUGAGCUUAUUGAUGAUUUAAUUGAACCUGAUGACAUACCUGAUUUGGAAACUGUAUUUGAAGACAUCUCUAUCACUAAUGAAUUCAAAAUUGAUAAAGCAUUUAUGGAUUUCUCAGAAGCAGUAAAUGAAAAUAUUAUUGAAAGUGAAGAAUUUCGUAACUGUACAACAGUGGAACAAGGUGAAGAAGCUAAAGAACAAGAAAUGGAUGUUAUAUCUUUAUCAUCAAGCACAUUAAGUGACUUUGAUGUAAUAACUGAAGAGGAAAUAGAUUUACUUAAAAAUCAUUUAAUACCACCGUAAAUUGAACGAUUGAUCUCAAAUUUGUAUUAAAAAUAGUCAAAACCAUAACAGUGUCAUUUUAUAAUCAAAUUUCUGUUAUUUAUUUAUCAAAUGAAAACUAAUUUUUUGUUUUUUACA